CACUAGCAGUCUGUCUUGUCCUCUCUUUGAGACACUCUCUCUCUCUUUCUCUCUCUCUCUCUCAUUCCCCCUCUCUCUCUCUCUCUCGCUCUCUCUCUCAGUCUUGUCUUGUUUUGUUAGCUUUAUCGUCAGGUCUCAUAACCCCCUCCCCCCUACCCUUACCCUUUCCUUCUCCACCUUUCCAAAACAAAAAGAGAGAGAGAGAGAGGGAGAGCACUAGGAAACACCAAUCUUCUGUCCACGUCUUGUAUUUUUAAAGGCCUAGGAAGAUGGAAAGAAUGAGUGAAGAUCCUCUAAGACUAAAUGUGAUGAAGCGUGGUCUGGAGCAACAACAGGAUGAGAGGGAAGAAGCAAUUGCUAAACGAUUGAAAAUGGAGGGUCAUGAAGCAAUGGAGCGCCUGAAGAUGCUAGCCCUUCUCAAACGCAAGGACUUGGCUUCUAAUGAAGGAGCUGGUGUUCCAGACCUGUCUUCCACCAAGGGUAUAGGUGGUGGAGGUGGUUUUGAGGAGAAACUCAAUGGCAGUUUGAGGGCUCAUGCAGAUCCCAGAUUAAUCAGCAAGACUGGGAAAGAAAAUAUUGGGGAUGAGCCAGUGGAUAUGAGUGCACGACGAAGUGAAACAGACAGAGAGCGUCGGACACCAUCACCAGACAUUAUUGUGCUGUCAGACAAUGAGGCUUCAAGUCCACGAUCCAAUUCACGUAUGGAGGAAAGGCUUAAGGCUGCAAAUCUCGAAAUGUUUAAGGGCAAGAGUGCAGAUGAAAGACAGCAGAUGAUCAAACAGCUGCGAGAUGAACUUCGACUAGAAGAGGCUAGGUUGGUCUUGCUUAAGAAACUGCGACAGAGCCAGAUCCAGAAAGAGAAUGUUAUGCAGAAGAUGCCUGUUGUCCAGAAUGUUGCAUCAGUUGUCCAGCCACCUCCUGUGCACAGUACACAACAAAGCUUGUCAAAGAUGGCAGUGCGACCAGGCAUUCAUGCCCCAGAGCCACAGAAUCUAAGGACUGUGCAGAGUCAUACAGUCAUACGAUCAGCUACCAGUACUCCUCUUCCACAAAUGAUGAUGUCACAACGAGUGAUUGCACCAAACCCUGCCCAGUUACAAGGACAGAGAAUUCCACCUAAACCAGGUCUUGUUCGAUCAGCAGCCAGCAGCCUCAACACAGCAGUCACCUACCAACAACCCUCAAGUCAGCAAGUUGCAGCAUCUCAGCGGUCUGGAUCAUCAGCUAUCUACAUGAACCUUGCGCACAUCCAGGCUGGUACAGUUGGCACUGCAAGCUCCUCUCCUCUGCCUAGUCCUAGUGCUAACCUUCCAGAUCCAGUAAAUAGCCAAGCAGCUGCAAAACUGGCACUCCGCAAGCAGUUGGAGAAGACACUCUUAGAAAUUCCACCUCCAAAGCCCCCUGCCCCACUUUUACACUUCUUGCCAUCUGCUGCCAACAGUGAAUUUAUAUAUAUGGUGGGUCUUGAGGAAGUGGUGCAAAGUGUCAUCGACAGUCAGGGUAAACUGAGAAAUGUACUUUCUCGUAUGGAGCCAUUUAUGUGUGCACAAUGCAAAACAGACUUCACGCCUCACUGGAAACAGGAGAAGAGUGGGAGAAUCUUGUGUGAGCAAUGUAUGACCUCUAAUCAGAAGAAAGCACUUAAAGCUGAGCAUACCAAUAGGCUGAAGAAUGCCUUUGUGAAGGCACUGCAACAAGAACAGGAGAUUGAACAGCGGUUACAACAGCAUGCCACUUUGUCACCAAGCUCUGCCCCAACAGUAUCCAGUGUUAGCAAAACCGAGACUCUUCUUAGACACCAUACUUUGCGACAGGCUCCACAGCCUCAGGCCUCCAUGCAAAGAGGGCUUUCAGGCUCAGCCCGGGGCGUGCUUUCCAACUUUGCCCAGGCGUCGCAGCUCUCGGUGGCGGGCAGUUUGCUCGGCAUGCCAGGUAAGCGUGCGCUGAUGAGCGGAGCCUAUGAAGAGGGACGACGACAGCUGUAUAACUUCCAAGGUGUGAACAUUGCAUACCUUAAUGCUGCUGGAGUCGGAAGCCACAAAGCAUCAAGUCUAGCUGACCGCCAGCGGGAGUAUCUGCUGGACAUGAUCCCACCACGAUCCAUAUCUCAGUCAAUUAGUGGUCAGAAAUAAAGCUAAAAUCAGCCCAUCACACGCACAAAACCCUGUCUAGUCCUGUCCCUCUCUUUCCUCCUUGCCGUCGCAUGCAGUGCCUGUCAAUGUGCCUAACAAAGUGGUAAAAAGAAUAAAAACAGCGCAGACCUGUCAAUGCAAGAUAAUAGUCCAUUCUUAUUAUUAUUAUUACUGUCAUCAUCCUAAUUCUUUUUCAUUUUUCUUGAUUUCUGAAUGGCUUUAAUGAGGGAAAGUAGAAUCAUGCUUGAAUACUGAUCUAAAGCCAGAAAAUUUAUAUUGUAAAUAAGGAGUAGAUACCUUGUGAUUUUGCAGAGUGGUUUGUCUUUUAAAAAAAAAAAAAAAGAAAGAAAAGAAAAUCAAGGAUCUGAAAGGUCCCCAGCUGGAGAAUAGCCUGCCUCUACCAAAUGCCUGUUCAAAGAAGUCAUGGAGAAACACUUGGUACUUGUAUCUUGUUGUAAAAAAGAAGACAUUAUACAGUGAUUUUCACUGAUGUGGGUGUUCUGGCAUGACUCUAAUCCAUUAAAAUUGUCACUGUUUUGUGGGAGAAAUGGGUAGGCAGUGGAGUAUAUCUUGAUUUUUAUUUUUUAUUUUUUUUAACUGGUCUUGAUGCACUAAAGAGUGUUUGUUUCUGCCAAUUGUGUUGUUUAUGGUGCUUUGUUUAAUGUCUCUUUUGGGAGCAGCGUUGUAUCUGAAAGGUACUUUUUCCUGAGACAAUAAAUAUGAAUAUGUGUAAAUUUAUUAAAAUGAUACCAGGAUAUUGCAGGUGAUUUAAAAUAUCUUGGUAUUCCUUUUACAGGAGCACUUUGAAGAAAAUAGCUAUAUCACAGUCUGUACCUAUAAAUCUUUCUCUCAAAAUAAAUAUAUAUAUAGAUAUAUAUAAAUAAAUAUACAUAUUCACAAAAAUUGAAAGGAGUUUAUUGGGUGAUCUUAAAUCAGCAAUUGCAUAUCAGAAAGUCUGUUUAUGUAGAGAGAAUGAUAUCAGGCACACAUAUGUAUUUGUUUUUAUAUACUGUAGCUGGCUUAAUCUGUUUAGGUUAAAUAGAAAAGGUUCCCUUGCUUACGUUGGCAUCAGUCAUUUACUGCAGUAUUUUAAAGAUUCAUCUAACCAGAAUAGCAACAUCAGUUAAAUUCAAAGUAUGUUAGAAUGCCACCAAGUGAAAUGCUGAAUAAUUGGUAUGCUUUUAUUCCAAAUUAAGGUUCUUAAUUUUAUUAAACAUCUGAACAUUCUAUAGUGGAAUUUCAGGUGCCCAGGUACACUGAAUAAAAAAAAAAAAAGUUGUAUUGAGGAUUUUCUUUUCUUAAUGCAAAAGUAAUUGACAUACUUUUACCGUAUACAUCUUACCACUGUAAAUCUGUAACAGUUAUUCAAAAAGCCAUUAUAAACACACAUUAUUUUUUAGUGUUGGCCAUCUUUUUUAGUUAUACAGUAUAAAUGGGAUAUUUUGCACAUAAGGUGACACGCCUAAUAAGUAGACUCCUUUUCCUAUUGAUAAAAAAGGUGUAUAACUAAAAUAAACAUUUCAGUAGAUGUAUUACUUACAUCUGUUGAUAACCUAAAGCCCCCCCCAUAUAUCCCCCUAAUAAUGUAUAUUUUAUGCCAUAUUUCUUAAAAGACUGCUGACCUUUAGUAGUUCAAAAAUGAAGACACUGCAUUUUCAGAGAUAUUUAAGCUUUUAUUUGCAUUUUUUCCUAUGAUAAGUUAUUUUUUGUCUGAAUUUCAGCUGCUGAAUUGUGUACCAUUGGACUUGGAAGUGUCUGCUAUUAACAUUUUCUAGUAGCCUAUAAGUCGUUUACUUUCAAUAGGACCAAAGCAAAGGGUGUAUUUGGAAGAAUUUAGUGUUCGUGUGGCAUCUGUAAUCAAGAUUACAGUAACAACUGUGUCUGGAUCAUAAAGACAAUCAUUCAGGUUAGAGUAUUCUGUUAACAUACGGGCUAAGGUUGCACCAUUUUUAGUUCUGCAAAUAGCCCUCUCACCUUCUUAUAAAUGAUCUUCACAAUGGCCACUCUGAAAUGGCCUUGAAGGCUCAACAGUUUAUCUAUCCAUGAAAUCAAUGUAUAAUUCUUUGACGGAACUGGAAGGGAAGUGUAUUCAUAUAUGAAUGACAUUUUAGGGUUAAAUACUUUAUUCAAAUAUCUAUCUAUAGAUAGGAGUUUAUUGCGCUGCAUUUGAUGUUUUAAACUUCACAUUCAGACGGAUUUUUCCAUAUAUUCUUUGCUGCACUGCACGUAUAAAUCUAUUGCUAUAAAUCAUUUUCAGAUUUUUAAUUUUCACAACUGUCAUUGGAGAAAGUUUAAAGUAUGUAAAAAAUUUUCCAUAAGUUAGCUGUGACAGUUAUACAUUUGUUGAUUGCACCAGUCAUGACAUUUUUACAUCAUAAAGUUUUUACAAGACUUCAUUAUUAGAUUAAUAGUAGUCAUAAACCUGAGGAAGAAUAAGGGGUGUUGGGGUGAGCUUGCUCUUGUUUAAAGCAGGUAGUUGACAGUGUUACGCAUGCUCAAGAUGUGUUCAGGCAAUACAAAGAUAAUAAAAGAAUUAUCUGUGUGUGUUUAAAGUAUGUCACCUUGUACAUUUAGUGCCUGUGAAGGUUCUGGAGCAUUUCAUAUUUUUUUUCUUUAGUUAUGUCAGAAGUAGAAUUUGGGAAGUAAAAUCCUUAGAUAUAGACGAGUCAGUGUCCAAUUGUCCAUGACUUUAUUUAGCUUUAAACAUUAAAGUACUUGGAGUGCAAGAAAAUAAAGUUUACAAAUGCACAUUAUAAUCCCAUGAUCCUUUUUAGAAGGCAUUUGUCUUAACUGGUGCUGGCAGCCAGGAUGCCUUCCUCAACAGCUUUUUUACAGUACUGCUGUUGGCUGCAGUGAAGAAACAUUAUCAGACAUGAUCAUUUAAAAAAAAAAAACAUGGUAAGUCUGUAUGUAGCCUUUCCAAGUGGCAUACUAAAUUAAAUCUGCAGUUGUCAAAAUAAGGGUAAUGGUGGAUUUAGAUGUUUAGAAACUUUAGAAUGGUAUUGUUUUGCUUGCCUCAUUUAGCAAUAAAAAAUUUUUGAAAUGUUACAUUUUCCAUUUUAUUUGCUUUUAUAGAAACAUGGUAUUUUAAAGUAGAUUAUUUUUAUGUGAUUUUCUUUCAAUUCUCUGCAUUUUAUUUAUUUUAUUUGCUUUUCAUUUUAGUCCAAUGUAGUUUUAUCAUAAAGUUUGCUAGUCUCUUGUAUGGGUCUGUUCCCUAAAUAAGUUUAUAUGAAGGCUUAUUCAUGUUGUAAAUGGAAGCCAGUUUAGCAUGGCCCUCAACCUUUUUUUUUUUAUUAUUUUUUAUAAAGCAUUUGGUUAAGUAAAGUCGUCAAAUUUAAAUGAUGACAGACUAUUGCUUCAAAAAACGUUUUGCAUUGGCACUGCAUGCCUGUUACUGUAGAAACACGUUGUAUCCUUGUAUACUGAAGACAAUAUAUUAAUUUAUUGAAAUGUGAGGAAGAUAAUGCUGACUGUCCAGUGGCUGACAACAUAAACCUGACUUAGGUUAUGAAAACGUACAUUCUUGUCAAGCAAUGAAUAAUCCUUGUUUAAAGUGUAAUGCAUCAAGGAACCAGUAAAGGGUGCUGUUGCUUUAUAAAUGUAAUCCUGCAGUUACUCUAUUUUUUUAACUAGUAUGGAAUAAUCUUUAUAUAGAAGAUUGUUGUCAAGAACUCUUCAAUUUGUCAAAAAAGUUAAAAUUCUUGAAAUGCUACCUAAGUUGUAACAAUAAACAGAUUAUUAUUUCACUUUGUUACGAGCUGCCUUUGUACUGCUAAUCUGGAUGCUCACAAGCAAGCAUCUGAAAAUUCCAACAAUUCUGAAAUAUGCAUUUGGCAGAUUAGAGUUUUGCAGAAAUCUAAACAAAAUUUAAGGCAGUUGGCUCGGCUGGAUACUUGCAUUUUAUUAGAUUAAUUUUUUUAUUAGGGGUUCUCAUUUUUCUAUCUUUCAGCAUCUAAUUGUGUUUCUCAUGCAGCGUAUUACUUAAUUCAGUUUUUUCAUUACAUAGAUGACAAUUAUGAAUGAAUAUGCAAAAAGCAGGCAUCUGCAAAAGCGGGGUUGUACAUGUUAAAUGCAACACAUUUAAACAAGAAUUUAUUUAAAAGUAGUACAAAUGUUAUGGGAAAGUUUGUUAUUGGAAGCCAUGUGCACUUGAGUCUGUAUUGCAACAACCUAGUAUUGGUAUUUAUUAAUAUUAAGAACUAGACAAUAUGUUGGUUGACAUGAAGAACUUGAUAAGUGUACUGUAUCCAUUUACUUCUCUUUAAGAAACAAGUUGAACUAGUCUAAAACAAACCUUUUUAUGUAUAAUAGACCUUUUCAACCUUUAAGGAUAGUUAAGUGUUGUGUUAUUUAAAAAAAAAACACACACACACAGUACUCCAAAGCACGACCUGUGCUUACAUGCAGCACACUCCUUGCUUUCUUUGGUUGUCCCUGAAUUUUUAUAAUAAUUUAUAGAGGUAUGGUGUAGUUCAGAGCCAGUAAAGAGAUCACUGGAUCCUAAACUGAGAAAUUCAUGGUAGCCAUUGUAAAGAUGGGCUAUCUCAGACAAGGUAUUUGUUAGCCUUUCAAGAGUUUUGAUUGUGUCUUUGUUACAAACAUAUCUGGCUCACAGAUGCUUUUCACCCCUCUGGAGACAUUUGUCUUGGCUAUGUGAGGCAAUGCUGCAUUAAAACUUCCAGUUGACAGGAGAAAAGCAUCCUUGGCAUGUGUAAUCUUUUCUGAAAGAGAAAUGGCAACAAGAUACAAUAUUGUACAGGCUAACUACUACUUGGCUAGGCAUCAUGGAGUGCAAUUUUCAGGAGAAUCUGACUUGGGUUUUGUAUGAAUGUGACCUUCCUGUGGCACUGAGUUGUUUGAGCAACUGAAUAGUUUGGAAUGUGGUGCACAUGUGCAAAAACAAAGUAAAAUCUGGGCUGCAAUAAAUCUCUAGUAAGGCAGUGUGCACAUGGGGCAAAGAGCUGAAAGGGUAUAGUGAUCUUCAGACAGGCUUUAACUUUUUUGGUUUUAUUUUGGAGCUAAAACUUGACUGGAGUAUUCAAGUAAUAUUGCUUGUUUUCCCUCCAGGUUUAAUACAUUCAUCUACCUGUGUUAAUAUCAACCAUAAAAUACAAUAUGUAAUAUGAUUAAAAUUUUUGUUUAAAGAAAAUAUAAGCAUUUUCAAUUAGUUACAUUUGCAGGGGUAAACUAUGUUUAAGUUCAUUUUUUAUUUGUAUAAACUUAAAGGUAUACAGUAUUGCUGCCUGUUAUUGACAAACUGUAAAUAGGCUCUUUUCUUUACUAAAAAAAAUAGUUGUAUAUUGUGCAGAAGACAAAAAAGCCAUGAAUAUUGUGAAGCUUGUGUCAUUUUGCUUUGUGACCACUGUGUAUUACUGUGUAACAAAUGUGCAAAACGUAUGGGUUUCUUUUAAUCUUUUUUUAAACCUUUUCUAAUUGCUUUUAAAUUAGAUGUUCAGUUCCUUCUAUUUAUUCUGUUACACAUUCUCAGCUUUUAAAGUCAUUUCAUAUCCAGUUUUGUUGUUAAAAAGGCUCAUAAUAAGCAAGAAUGUAUGUGUGAGGACUGUUCUCUUAACUUUUCCUAAAUUCAGUUUAACAUAACAGAUAGAUUGUAAAGUUUAACAAUCCAUUAAGAUGCCAUAUGUUUGAAAACAUUUACUGUACAGAUUAUUUUAUAAGUAAACAUAUGCUGAUGAUUUAUUUGAGGGGGGGGGGGGGGAGUAUUCACUUUUGACAUGCUAAACAUACUUGUUCAGUCAGUAAGUCCUGACUUAGAGCCUACACAGGUUUUGAUCAUUACUUUUGCACUAUCUGUAGAAUUGCAAGGAUACCACUUAAGUCUUUUGGGGGAACUGUUUCUCUAAUACUGGUAAAGUAAAAUUAAGGUGGCAGUAAAUCUAUGGGGAAGUGCUUCUCUUUUGUAAUCUUUCCCAAGUUGAAAAAUUUAACAAAAUACAUUUCUUGCAUUUCUUACAUUGUACAAAUCAUAUUUUCAUUAUUUUUUGUUACAUUUUAACCAGAGACAACCAGCCAGCUGUACAGGUUAGCAUUUUAAUCAUAUUGAGUAAUCUAUACUGUCCCCAAGGUAAAUUUAGAAGAUUUAGUUGUUCCGAUGUAAUUUUUUUUUUUUUUUUUGAGCCUUUUUAUACUGAUGAUGGUUAUAUGGUACAAUCAUGUUUGAUAAGAGUUUGAUGGAUUUGUAAAGUUAUCAUAUUAACUAUGUUUAAGUUUUCAUAGUUGUUAUUUGAUAAAUCUGGUAUCCAAAUAGUAAUCUAGCUAGUUUCGGGAAUGGGAGAUGAAAAUUUAAAUUUGAAUAGUUCAUGUUGUCUUUGGUUAUGCUUUUAUACAACAAUAAAUAACUGUUUAUAAAGAAAAUUUCAAAGGCCACAGUACACCUUUGACUGAACAACAACUGGGCCUAAAAGUCUGUAAUAUGUUAAUGCUGUGGCUCAGUACAUCAAAGACAUGGAUAAAGAUCCUUCUCUUUUACAUCUUUACAUAUUAUUUGGGCAUGGGUGGGAGUAUGGGUUGGAAAUGUUAAAAAAGGAAGAAAAAAAAACUGAUUUCCUGAAUUUUUUUGAAGCUGAAUGAGAUUCAGGUCUUUUUUAUGUAAAUCCAAGCCUUUUGCACAUCCUUGAUAUUUAACAAUGUCUUUAAAAAAUAUUAAAUGCUGUUUAAAUACUGCCAGUUGAUAAUUAUGCAUUGACUGAAAAUAAGCUAAUUUUUGAGAAAAAAAUCUUUGUAAUAUUUAUCUCUUGCAAGCUAUGUUUAAUAAAGGAUGGAACAGUU